AUGGCGAGAGUUCCUGGAAUCCCAAAUGACGGCAAACCUUCGCCAACAGACCACGACCUAGACAGAGAUGGCAACAUCGAUGGAGCUGGUCUUGAUGCUACCGGUUCUUAUGAGGAGAAGUACGGUGAUGCUAUCGGACAAAUAACAAGCGACACUAAUACCGAUUCCAUCGCCCCAAGGAAUGCUGCAGAGAAUGAAAAGAUUCGGUCGAGACUUGUCCGCAAGUUCGAUCACAGGCUGGUACCUGCCAUGUUCCUUGCGCACCUUCUCUUCUUCCUCGACAAGAGCAGCAUCGCUCUCGCUCGCAUCAAUGGACUCGAACGAGACCUCAAGCUGGUUGGCAACCAAUUCAAUACAGCUCUGGCAAUGUUCUUCAUCCUUAACAUCUUGUUCAAUAUUCCAGGAAACCUAGCCGUACGCCGUGUCGGAGGCGCGAUAUGGUUGCCGGCCUUGAUCAUUUCAUGGGGAAUAGUCACUACUCUCAGCGGCUUCAUCACCAACUUUGUCGGCCUUUGCAUUACACGUGCUUUCCUGGGCUUGACUGAAAGCUCUUUCCUCGGUGGUGUCUUGAUUUACCUUGGCUUCUUUUACACCGCCGAUGAGCUCAUCCUUCGCGUGGGCUUGUUCUACUCGAGUACCGCCCUUGCUGUGUUCCUCGGUGGCUUGAUGGCUGCUGGACUUGGACAGAUUAAGGUCCGCGGCUAUGACGGGUGGCCUUGGAUUUUCUUCAUUGAGGGGGUUUUGACCGUUUUGCUGGGCCUCCUGCUGCUUUUCAUCUUGCCGCACACACCUGCUGACGCCAAAUUUCUGUCUCCGACUGAAAAGACUCUCGCUGUUGCGAGGAUGCAAUGUCAAGAUCGAUGGCACUAUCUCGGCAAUCCUCGCCUAUCCGACCAAGAAUCAACAGGAGAAGAUCAACAGAGUGGCAUUCUGAGGCUCCAGAACAAGAAGGAUCCUCUGACUUGGAAGACUAUUAUAGGAGCAAUUGGUAAUGUCAUCACCAUUCUGAUGGCUCUUGGAAGCUUCUGCUCCAUCCAGGCCAUCUACAGCUUUUCCAUGUUCUUCCCAACCAUCAUCUCUGCUAUGGGAUAUAGGAAGCUUCAGGCAUCAUUGAUGACGGCCCCACCGAAUUUUGCGGCCUUGAUCUUCACUGUUGGCAUCUCAUUCUGGAGUCGUCGGUCUGGAAAGACUGCACUGCCCUUGAAUGUCUGCAGUAUGACUGGCAUUUUCGGGUACAUCCUGAUGAUUGUUGGGGCCCAUGUUGGUCCGGCACCAUCCUACAUGAAUAUCAAGAUUCAGUAUGCAGGCUCAUUCUUUGUCGCCAUGUCAGUCAACGCAACACCCUCUCUGGCGCUUACUUGGAUGAGUAUCAACGCAUCCCCACACUAUGUCCGUGCCGUUGCUCUGGGUUUCUUACUGUCGAUUGGAAACUCGGCUGCUUUUCUCGCCUCCUUUACCUACAUUAAAGAUGAAGCACCCCGGUAA